GGUAAAUAUAGGUAAAAAAGAAACUGUGCUUGAAUCUCGUAACAUGAUAUUUUAAUUUUACAUGCUUGUCAGGAGCAACAUGUUGAUCAAGAUCAAGCGGAAUUCAGAGAACCUACAAAAUCACAUCUGGAUUGCAAUAUAACGUAUGGGUCAUCAUGUUACAUAUUCAAUUGUUAUGACGGAUUGCGAGCUUGGAAAUACCACAAUGAUACGUGUGUCAGUAGUGGAGGUCAUCUUGUAAGUUUCCAAUCGGAAGAAGAGUUUAAAGUUGUAGAAAAGAGAUUCAAAUUCCAAUUGUUAAAUAGCAUUUGUGAAAUCUACUACAUCGGAUUAAAGCGCGAUUAUGGUCGACCGAGAUGGGCGCAAACAAGCUGGACUUGGACAUCGGGUGAGACAGAAGGAGACCCGAUUAUGGAUUGGCUUAAGUGGGGACAGAAUCAUCCAUUGUGGCAUCGUAACUACCCGUCAGGUGUUUACUUAAACUUAACAUUUGAUAAAAGAACAAUAUUUGACGAGUAUAUGUUAAGGCAGUUGAAAAAUACUGGACACAUUUGCGAGAUUGCUGCCCCUACCAAAUCUACUGAUGGUACAAGUAGGCCUAUGCCAAAUCAAGUUAACUUCACUAGAGACGAUAUACCUGAAGUAACCAAUAUUCCUCUAUCAUUAGGACAGGAAAGUGUCAUAUUCUCGACUUCAACUGAUACCACAUUAAAAGAAGGCGGACCAUUCGAACUUGUUGCAAGUCUAACUUUUCUUCCAGAAAACACACAACUAGAAAAUGGCAAUGGGGAGUUGUUACCAAGUGCGUCUGAUAUCGUAAAUAUCCAUAUUUACGAUAAAAAUUGUUCGAAAAUAAGUAUCAAUUCUGUGAUCAUCUUUCCUUCUCUUAAGAAUGCGAAAACAGGAAACAAUGUUAAUCAAUUUCCAGAAUGUCACUACACGCAGAUUACGGAUAUAACAGGUGUUUGGCUAACAGAAGGAUGCAAUACUGUCUAUGACGACGAAGACCACGUGAGCAAAGUGAAGUGUAUUUGCACUCACCUGACGUCAUUUGUCAUAUUGAUGAAACCGAAACCUAUAAAUGAAAACAAGUUCUUGUCCAUGGUUACGAAGAUUGGCGUAACAAUAUCGAGUGGUUUUCUCCUCCUGACCCUAGUUAUCAUCUGCAGUUUCAAAAAUUUAAGAAACUCAGAUCGCUACAGAAUCUUGCGCCAAUUGAUCAUCGCUCUACUCUGUGUCAAUUUGUUUUUUUCGUCCCUGGAGUUUGAUUUUAACCAUACACCGAUCACCUGCAGUUUUCUUGCUGGAUGCCUGCACUACAGCCUCUUGGCAGCUUUAUCGUGGAUGUUGAUUAUGUCAACGGAUCUUUACAUGAAGAUCAAACAUCCGUUUGCUGAUCAUGAAAUGCGCUUGGUAUACAGUCGUUACAUUGCCUGGAUUGGACCCGUCAUUAUCGUCGGAACGACAGCUGGUAUAACAAGGAAUAACUACGCAUCGGAUAAGUGCUGGUUGGAUACAAGCUCUCUUGCUAUCUGGGCUUUCAUAGUUCCUGUGUGCGUCAUGAUGAUGACUGUCCUCGUACAGUUGGUGAUUAUUGGCUACGUAGCUUACACAAAAUCCCAACUACCGAACCAAACUGAAGAUGAAAUGCGAAAACUUAAACGAAUCAGAACUAUUUUUGGUGGUAUAAUAAUCCUAACACCAGCUGUUGGACUUGCGUGGAUUUUUGGUGUCAUCAUCGUCUUUUGUGACUGGAAGAUAAUGGAAUACAUCUUUGUUAUCUUGAAUUCCAUGCAAGGAUUCUUAAUAUGGAUCUCGCAGUGUGUCUUCAGCAAAGAGGUACGAGAGGAAAUUAAGAAGAAGUUCAGCAAUCAUGUAAGUGACAUUCAGUAGAGCCUACACCAAGCGUAUUAAAGUUGAAGACAGAUAAAGAUUGGAGACUUUCGUGGACAUUUCAAUACGUUGGUUAAUUUCUGUAUAUGCACAUCCCCAUCAUUAACCAACCAAUACAAUGUUUCUCCAUGUUAAACCAAUUGUUUUUACUUUAAAAAAUGUAUAUACAUUAUCAACAAUAUACAGAGCAGCUUAGCUCAGUCGGCUAAACUGGUGGUAGCCACUAUGUGUGCAGUACAUUCCUCGGAAAAGUGAAGGGGAUUGUCUCCCGGUGUACUGCCCAAUUUACCACCAAAAAGACCCCUCUGAAAACAAGUCUUCGGACUUAAGGGGAGGAGCACCACCCGUUUUGCCAAUACAUACGUAUGUUAUUUAUUGGAAUAUGCACAAACUUGAUCUAUUUGUGUGCUCCCCUCCCCACUUUUGAAAAGUUCUGGAUCCGCCCCUGCUUAUGGGUUUUGAUUUACCUCAAAAUACCUAAAUACAUAUAAGCAUGACAAUGAUCUAUAAAUACAUUUUAAUGUUACAUCAGUCACAUUUAACUUUUAAUUUGUACAACAAAUACGGUAAUGUUAACCUUCUUGUAAUUUAAUGAUGCUCAUUAUUUUUUUUUAUGUAGUCUAAUUGUUUUCAGUAUUCUUUUAGGUAGUCACAUUGUAUAUUGUACUGUAUAUUAUCUUUGCAUGACCAUAUUGUAAAACAACGUAACCAUCUGUAUAUGUUAUCCUGCCUAAAUAUGUUUAUUAAAUAAAAUAAUAAAAUAAUUUUAUGUGUUAAAAUUGGCAAGUAAUUAAUCUUAUCCUGCCCUAAUAUGUUUAAUAAAGAAAAUUUAGGAAUCUGGUUUUCUCCUGAUGUACUGGUAUUUCCCAAUUCACCACCAGAAUAUUUAUCAUUGGGGAAAUUUUGUGGUGUAUACUGGUGUUAAGUUUUCAGAUGUCCUUAGGGCCUAUAUUGUUGUUCAAGUAAUUUUUUAGAUAUCAUUACCGUUGUACGUAAAGCCAUUAUGUAAGCAUUAAUUUUUCUGAAUGGCUCAAUGUGUUACUAAGGAUAUAGGCCUAUAAAUUUCAAGGGCUUUUCUAAAAUCGGUGAGGAUUUAUAUGGUGUACACAUUUUUACUUGUCAAAUGGCGUAUAUGCCAUUAAAUUCUGUAAACAUUUGUACAGUAAUGUAUUAUUAGGAUUCAAUACUGAUACAUUAUUUAACGAUUGGAAUCCUAUAAGUGACACUAUGGAGCCAAUAUUUUCAAUCCAUCAAAAUUAAGGGUAAUGCAACAAACAAGUUGUUAAAUCAAAGAAUUUCUCUAUUAUUUCUUUUAUUAUCAAAUCAGAAACCCUAAAAACAUGAGGUGACCUACCGGUAAUUAGCCACACCCCUAAUAGUAGAGGGUAUAUAGAAAAAUAGCCAAUAUCACGGAAAAGAGAGAAUAUAAAGAGAAAAGCAGAACAUCUCAGAAGUAGUAACUUAUAUUUUUUAAUGAAAAUAUUUUUGCAAAUGACAUGAGUAAAUGGAAGUUCUUUUUGUCAAAUUUUCAGAAAUGCAUUUGAAAAUUUCCAUAUUCUGUCAAACAAAUGUGAAUACAGUAAAUCUAAGAGGUAGUUAUUUCUGGUAACACAGAAAAACAAUUUCUCAAUUAAACGUAUAUGCAUCCUGUGGCAAACCGCCAAGAAGGUUUUGUAUCUCGCUAGCUGUUAAGCUCUCCGAGUUUUUGCACAUUAAAUCUUUUUCUUGUUGAAAGUUA